CGGUGUAGAGUAGCGGAAGGGAGCGGAGAGGUGAAGCCAGAGAGAAACGGGAUCAGUUAAAUAUGGCGUUCGGAGAUGCGUGGAAACAAAUUUCAUCGUUUUAUUAUCAGUACCUGCUUGUUACUGCGCUCUACAUGCUGGAGCCGUGGGAGCGACAUGUCUUCAAUUCUCUCCUGGUUACUGUAGCAGCUAUGGCCGUGUACACUGGCUAUGUCUUCAUGCCGCAGCACAUUAUGGCCAUUUUACACUACUUUCAAGUUGUUCAGUGACCGACCCAUGGUUUCCCUCUAGCGGUGUAAAAGAGUUUCUCCUACAGGGUGUUUUUAUACCUUGCUGUGAUGACUGGAAGCAUGAACUGUUUGGUGGGGAGAACUACAAUUAUGUACUGGUGACUGGCAGAUGAAUCAGAUAAACCAGUACAUUUUUGUCUAAACGUCUGUAACACUGUAUAAGUAUGCAGUCUCUGGGACUCUCAAGCACAAACUACUCUGUAAGAAAAUGAUGCCCUGGUGGUAAAAUAACGUAUAUAAGGCUGCUGUUUUAUAAUGCUUUUUAGGGAUGACAGUGGUUUAUUGAGAAAUAAUUUGUGAUGUGUAUAUUCUAUUGUAUACAUAUUUGUAACUUUUAUAAAGAUGGUUAUUUACUGGUGAUUAAUUUGUUUGUCCCAUAGGCGCACUGUCUUGAUUGUAUGCAUUGUGUAGAUUUUUUUUGUUUACUGUGUGACCAAAUGCAGAGAACUGUAUGUACAUUAACAAAUUAUUUUAUUUUAAAACAAAUUCUGUUAACUGUACGCCCCAGCACCUGUAUUUAAAAAAAUACUUUUAAAUCUUUAUGUGGAAUUUUUUUUUUCCUUUUAGUUCAGAGUUUUUGUGGCAAAUAAAUC